GAGUUCCCUACUAGCCAAUCAGUGCAACGCAUACUGAAGCGACGCUGACGUGUAGAACCCUCCAAUACGCGCGACGUCACGACUUCUCGUUUUGCCGGCGUGUCGUUCAUUCACAAAGUGAGAGCAGCUCCGCUGACCGGAACACACGGGAACAUGUCGACCUACCUGAAGGCUCUCACGACCCGGUCCAGAAGUGCCGCAGCGGCGCUCGCACCGGUCUCCGUCCGCUGGGACACACCGAACCGGCGAAGCUACGCCACGAAGCGCGUCACGGUGGAGCAGCCGGUGGUGGAGAUGGACGGGGACGAGAUGACGCGCAUCAUCUGGGAGUUCAUCAAGGACAAGCUCAUCCUGCCCAACGUGGACGUGGAGCUGAAGUACUUCGACCUGGGUUUGCCCAACCGAGACCGGACCGGGGACCAGGUCACCAUCGACUCGGCUCUCGCAACCAGGAAGUACAACGUGGCGGUGAAGUGUGCGACCAUCACCCCCGACGAGGGCCGCGUCGAAGAGUUUAAGUUAAAGAAGAUGUGGAAGAGUCCAAACGGAACCAUCAGGAACAUCUUGGGAGGAACAGUGUUCCGUGAGCCGAUCCUGUGUAAAAACAUCCCCCGUCUGGUUCCUGGCUGGACGCAGCCCAUCACGAUCGGCAGACACGCCUUCGGGGACCAGUACAGGGCCACAGACUUUGUCGUCGAGCAGCCGGGAAAGUUCACGCUAGUGUUUUCUCCAGCUGAUGGGAGCAAACAGAAGGAGUGGGAGGUGUACGACUUCUCCGCAGGGGGCUGUGGGAUGGGGAUGUACAACACGGAUGAGUCCAUCAGUGGAUUUGCUCACAGCUGCUUCCAGUAUGCGAUCCAGAAGAAGUGGCCUCUGUACAUGAGCACCAAGAACACUAUCCUCAAGGCCUACGACGGCCGCUUCAAGGACAUCUUCCAAGACAUAUUUGAGAAGACGUACAAACCCGAGUUCGACAGACUGAAGAUCUGGUACGAGCACCGGCUCAUCGAUGACAUGGUGGCCCAGGUUCUGAAGUCUUCUGGUGGCUUCGUCUGGGCCUGUAAGAACUAUGAUGGAGACGUGCAGUCGGACAUUCUAGCUCAAGGCUUCGGCUCCCUGGGCCUCAUGACGUCGGUGCUGGUGUGUCCUGACGGUAAGACCAUCGAGGCGGAGGCGGCUCACGGCACCGUGACCAGGCACUACCGUGAACACCAGCGGGGAAAUCCAACCAGCACCAACCCCAUCGCCAGCAUCUUUGCCUGGACCCGGGGACUGGAGCACAGAGGCAAACUGGAUGGGAAUCCUGAUCUGAUCAAGUUCUCACAGACGUUAGAAGGAGUCUGUGUGGAAACUGUGGAACAUGGUGUGAUGACCAAGGAUCUGGCCGGUUGCAUCCACGGCUUGUCCCGCUGCAAGUUGAACGAGCAUUAUGUCAACACGUCCGACUUCCUGGAUGCCAUCAAGACCAACCUGGACAAAGCUCUGGGCAAGUGAUGAGAAUCAGACAAAGACCGGUGGACAGGUUCACGGGUCCGACCCCUUCACAGCACUGACUUCACUUCCUACUGGAAACAGUCUUUUUUAUUUUGGAUCAAGCGCUUGCACAUUAAUGUUAACUUCAAAAACAUGUCAAGGACAUUUUAGCUCCAUUUAAUUAAAAUGGACCAUGUAGAUUUGAUGCUUGUAACUUGAAGCAUAAAGCAGAAACAAUGAUUCCCAA